AUGAGACAGCGAGUCGCAGCGGCAGCAGCGGCGCCAGGACAGGGCCUGCGGACCCCUGCUACCGGUCUUUGUCGGCUUGUUCAGCGCCGAGUCGACGGCAGCGGAUUUGUCGCAAGAACGAGCGCAAGCCGAAUUGGCAGUGGAAGAAGACUUUUUGGAGCAGGGAGGAGCCGGAGCCUCUUCACAUGGGCCGCAUCAAAACAGCAGCAGAACAACAAGAAGAAACGGAAGAGUGGCGUGACGACAGGCGUGGCUGUGGCUAUCUCGGGCGGCCUGGUCCUCUGGACGGUGUAUCCACGUCAGCGAAUCCAGGCGGAAGCAGAAGAGGCACAGCGAAAAGCUAAAGAGACGGAAGCUGCGGCGCAGGCGAGCACGAACACGGACAACAAACCGGCGGCUUGGACGGCCUUUGCGGGUGCGGUAGAGCGGUUCUCCAAUGUGACAGACAUCGAGUGGAGCAAUGUGUCGGACCGGAUCGCGGACCUGAUCCUGCCGGACUGGUCGAAGAUGAUGCCAGGCUUUGUGCGGAAGCUGCAGCGCGAGAUGUCGGUGGCGCCAGGGUCGCUGGCGGACGAGAUCUGGCGCGAGGCGCACGAUCCGCUGGUCAACCCCGAAGUGCAGUUUGCAGCGCGCGUACGGGUGUCAGAAGACCUAUGCAACGAGGAGACGGUGUUCCGCAAACAUCGCAAGCUGGUGACGGCAGCGGCACUGGAGCGGUACCUGGGACUGGCCGAAGGCGAGGUCGAUCCGGACGACGUGCCGGUGAUUGCCAUCUGCGGCUCGGGCGGCGGGCUGCGAGCGCUGGUAGCCGGCACGGGCUCGCUGCUGGCCACGGCUGAAGACGGCCUGUUUGACUGUGUGACGUACACGGGUGGUGUCAGUGGCUCGUGUUGGCUGCAGGCGCUCUUCUUCUCAACCUUUGCGGGCCAGCGGUUUGACCGCGUUGCCGAGCACCUCAGGGCGCGACUCGGCGUGCACAUCGCCUAUCCGCCUGACGCGUUGGCCCUGCUGACGACGGCGCCAACGAACAAGUACCUCCUCAGUGGCACGGUCGAGAAGCUCAAGGGCGACCCGGGUGCCAACUUUGGGCUGGUCGACGUGUACGGAAUCCUGCUGGCGGCGCGGCUGCUCGUGCCCAAGGGCGAGCUGGGCGUCAGCGAGACGGACUUCAAGAUCUCCAACCAGCGGCGACACCUUGGCCGCGGCCAGAACCCUAUGCCCAUCUACACGGCGGUGCGGCACGAGAUUCCGGCCCUGGACGCGGCUCAGGAACGGUCGAGCACGGAGGCCGAAAAGGAGGCGGCCAAAGAGAAGGCCAAGAAGCAAGCCUGGUUCCAGUGGUUCGAGGUCACUCCGUUCGAGUUCUUCUGCGAGGAGUUUUCGGCCGGCAUCCCGACCUGGGCCAUGGGUCGCAAGUUCCGGGCCGGCGAGGACGUACCGCCCGACGACGGCAGCUAUCACCUGCCGGAGACACGGCUACCACUGAUGCUCGGCAUCUUUGGCAGUGCCUUCUGUGCCACGCUCAGCCACUACUACAACGAGGUGCGGCCGGUGGUGCAGAGUCUGACCGGUCUCAAGUCGCUGGACGAGCUGAUCCGGGGCCGCAACGAGGACCUCAGCAAGGUGCAUCCGAUCGAGCCGGCGACACUGCCAAAUCCAGUGUACGGAAUGGCGGCCGAUGCGCUUCCGACCACAGUACCGGCCGGACUGCUGGGCCGCGAAUACAUCCAGCUGAUGGACGCGGGCAUGUCCAACAACCUGCCGCUGUACCCGUUUAUGCGGCCGGGGCGCGGUGUCGAGGUAGUCGUGGUGUUUGAUGCGUCGGCCGACAUCAAGAAGGACAACUGGCUGAAUGUGGCGGACGGAUAUGCGCGGCAGCGCGGCAUUAAGGGCUGGCCAGUGGGCGUAGGCUGGCCACAGUCGACAGAUACGCCAGCCGUGGCGGCCGAGCAGCUCCGCCAGGCGCAGGAAGACAGCGCGACAUUCACAGAAGGCGACGACAGCCGACUGGCUCAGGCUCAGGCCAGAUCAGACGCCGACAAAGAGCCGAAAUCAGAGAAGCAGCGAGCUCGAGCGACGGCCCGGGAGCUCGGCUACUGCACCGUCUGGGUCGGCUCGACGCAGGAGAAGAAGACAGAUGUCGAAGGCGCGAAAGACUCAAACGACUCUAAGCCAACACCAGCAGACGUCAUAGACGAGGCGACGCGUUGGCGGCUGAAGGAGCCGGACGCUGGGCUGACGCUCGUGUAUCUGCCAUACCUGGCCAACGAGAAGCGAGUACCCGGGGUCGAUCCGGCCACGAACGAGUUUAUGAGCACGUGGAACUUUAUCUACACGCCAGAACAGGUCGACGCGGCCGUGGCGCUGGCUCGUGCCAACUUCCGCGAGGGCGCCGAGCAGAUCCGCAACACGAUACGGGCUGUGUACGAGCGCAAGAAGCACCUGCGGCUGCAGGCACUGGUGCAAGACAGGAGGAAACGGCUUCGCCGACUGGUCGGGCUGGACUCGAACGAUCACUUUAGUUAA